UGCCUGAUUGUCUGUGAUCGAAAUUAAAGAUGGCGUUUUGUUAAUGGGACCUUUUCUUUUGCUGGUGUAUAAAAUUGAAAUUAUUGAACUUUAUCGCUUGAUAUUUACUGCUUAACUACUGUUGUUAUUAAUUCAAUUGAUAUAAUAACUCUAAGUGACCGACAAAUCGGCGUAAAUGGAUGUAGUAUAAUAGUGAACGAUUUGUAAAAUAUAAAGCGUGUCUAUUUUGAUUCGACUAGCAAAUUAAUUACUUGUUUCGCGUUAAAUAAUAACUACAAUAAUAUCGACAAGUGAAUGUGCAUUGACAUGUUACAUAAAAAUAAGUAUUUCUCUAUUGGUUCACGGAAAUGUCUGUACAUUAUAAGUUUAAGAGUGCCUUGGAUUAUGAUACUGUCACGUUCGAUGGGCUUCAUAUUUCUGUAGGUGACCUAAAAGCAUCUAUUUCGCAACAAAAGCGAAUUGGAAAAACUUCAGAUUUUGACUUACAAAUAACAAAUGCUCAAACAAAAGAAGUUUAUGUGGAUGAUAACACUUUAAUUCCAAAGAACACAUCUUUGCUCGUUGCUAGAGUUCCACUUUCUCAGCAGCCAAAAAAACAAUGGGAAGGAGCAAAUAGUAAUUCAUCAUCAUUGCAUAAAGAUGUGGCUCUUAAUAAAGGACUUGCAGAUCUUUCGCGCAUGGAAGGUAGCGAACAGGAUAAAAUAAAUGCUAUGAUAUCACAAUCCACUUUUGACUAUGACCCUAGCAAUUACCAGAAAAUUAGAGGACAGAACCAAAGGGGUACAGUGCCAGCAAACUACAUUUGUUUUAAGUGUCAGAAACGUGGGCAUUGGAUUAAAGAUUGUCCAGCUGCUAAUGCGAGUGAUCCAGUUGAUGUAAGGCGUAGUACAGGAAUUCCUAGAAGUUUUAUGGUUCCUGUAGAGGGACCAAAAGCACCAGGUGCAAUGAUGACUCCAAGUGGUACAUUUGCAGUGCCUGCUGUGGAUCAUGAGGCAUACCUGGCCUCAGAGAAUGCUGGUGGUGCUGACACACCUACCAAUGCUCCGGCUGCACCUGAACCGAAUAUACCAGAUGAAUUGAUAUGCAGUUUAUGCCGUGAUCUUCUUACUGAUGCUGUUAUGAUACCCUGCUGCGGCAAUUCAUUCUGUGACGAAUGUAUAAGAGGAGCCUUGCUAGAAUCGGAAGAUCAUGAGUGUCCAGAUUGCCGAGAAAAAGAAAUUGCACCGACAACGCUAAUUCCUAAUAGGUUCUUAAGAAAUUCAGUGUCGUCUUUCCGCAAUCAAACUGGCUAUAGUCGGCGUACACCGCAUCGACCUGCUGUAGCACCGAUGCAAGCUCCUCCACCAAUGCUGGAGCCGCCUCCAGUAGUUCCCGUACAGCCACCUCCAAAUGGACCUGCACAAGUCGCUGCCCCUCCAAUCGAUUCGGGAUCAUCAGGCGGUGGAGGUGGGCGGGGCGAGGAGUCCGACGGGUCGGCCGAUGACAACAUCACAGUAACGGUGCCGCCGGCGCACGCGCACCAGCCGCCCCACGCGCCCCACGCGCCCCACGCGCCCCAGGGACCUCGCGCGCCUCACGUGCCCCACGCGCCCCACGCCUCCCUCCAUGCGGGGCCCCGGGGCCCCGGUGGCCCACGUCGCCCGCCUAACGUGCAACGACCACCGCGUUACGUUUCAGGACCGCCACCUUCUCUUAAACCUCCUGGAUUGGAUACACCACCAAAUAUUCCAAUGAAUAUGGCAAGAAUUGAUGAGCAAAGAGCCAGCACUCCAACAGUUGAUGAACGAAGAGAUCCAAUGUCUUCACAGAUUGUGUACAAUCGUGGGCCGCCACCUGGAUUUAUGCCUUCAUUACCUCCUUCGCGUCGUUACAACAACCCUCCGUACGGAAGACAUGGAAAUCGGGGCCCACCGUUUGAUGAUCGUUAUCAUCCACAAGAGCCUUAUCAGCCACCGCCGCCCGGAAUCAAAGAUUCUCCUUCAAAUGGGCACGACGAGGAUCCGCUCGAGGCGUUCAACCGCAUGAUCCGCGAGAAGGAAAUGCGGGCGAAGCGGCGCGAGGAGCGGCGGCGAGCGCAGUCGGGGUCCCGCAGCCCGCGGUCGCGCUCGCCGCGCUCGGUGCGGUCGCUGCGCUCGCCGCGCGGGCCGCGCUCGCCGCGCUCGCCGCGCUCCCCGCGCUCCCCGCGCUCGCCUCGCUCGCCGCGCUCGCAGCGCUCGCCGCGCUCGGCGGCGCGCUCGCCGGCCCGCUCACCCCGCGCGCGUCCCCGUAGUCGCGCCUCCAGCCGCAUCCGGUAUUCUAGGUCCCGGUCGGGAUCGCGCGGCCGCCGUCCGCGUUCCCCGUGGUCGCCGCGCUCACCGCGUCGCCGCCGUACUAGAGAACGGACUCUAUCACUAACGAGGUCCCCGUCGCCUCGGCGGCGGCACCGCUCGCCGCUGCGGUACCGCUCGCCGCUGCGGUCGCCGGGCCCGCGGUCGCCGGGCCCGCGGUCGCCGGGCCCGCGGUCGCCGGGCCCGCGGUCGCCGCCGCGGUCGCCGCCGCGCUCGCCGCCGCGCUCCCCCCGCAGACCGGCGAUGCGCUCGUCGGCCACGCGAGCCAUAUCUCCGCAUCGAUACUCUGGAUUAUACGAGGAACUGUUGUCGCCGCCCCGUCGUAGUGUUGAGCCGCCCUAUGGACCCAGAUAUGGACCUAGAAAUAGCGUUCCUCCGCCAGGGUUUCCUCCUAUGGGCAGUAAACCAAUGCCACUUAUGGCUACUGUUCAAGUACCACCAGAACCGCUACCGGGUUACAGAGGUCGGUAUGAUGGACCUCCAUUCGAAGAUAUUCCUCCUGGCGUGGAGCCACCUGUACCUGGAUUUGAGCCUUCACCUUUUGAGAAACCACCCUUUGGACCACCAGGUCCAGUAGAUCGCGAUAGAGGACCAUCUCAAAAUUAUAGAGAAUCUUAUAGACCUCCACCUUAUGUUGAUGGUCCUGUAGGGUACAGAGAUAUGCCUAUUCAAAAUGUACCAAAUGAGAUACCUGUCCAUGUUGGAGACCCACCACGGUAUCGUGACAAUUAUAGACCAGGACAUUCAUUCCGUGAUCAGGGUCCAAUACCUUAUAGAGAUGGACAACCAUAUCGCGAUGCAGGACCGCAAGGGCCUUAUCGAGAUGGUAAUUUCAGAGGCGGGCCUCCUCCAUUUCGAGAUAAUUCAUAUAGAAACGCACCAUAUAGGGAUAGUGGUUACCGUGAAAAUCCACCCCAUAAUUUCCGUAACAAUGACGUUCCAUUUAGACCUCCUAGUGUGGUUAGGGAACAACCGCCUGCAACUAAUUAUCACGACCCUAAUUUCCGAGAUGGAUAUCGAGAUGAAAGCAGCACUAAUCGUGAACAUAUGCGACCAGGUUAUCGACCAAAUAUGCGAAAUAGAGGCGGAUCACGGCGAAAUACAAAUCUUGAACAUGAAAGACAUAGAGAAAGAGAAGGUCGAGAUAGGGAACGGUAUAAUGAAACUCGUGAUCAAUCUGAGCGUUCAGAUAAUAGACCCCGUGAUGUUGAAAAAAGACCCGGUUACGAUAAGGGACGCGAGAUGCGUGAUGUACGUGACGAUCGGAUAAAGGAAUAUGAAAGAAGUCGAGAAUAUGAAAAAGAAAGAGAUCGCGAUCAUGAUAGAAAUUCUCCAGACAAAAAGUCACGAGGAUCACCUAAAAGGAAUCGAGAAGUACGGGACAAAAAGCGCAGUGAAUCCCGAGGUCGUUCUCGUGAUAGAGAUAAUAAACGAGAAAAGAAAGAAGAAAGAGUACGUGAGAAAAGUUCGGCUGAUAGAAGUAGGGAUCAUAAAGAAAAGGAUAAAAAAGUCAAAGAUAGGAAAAAGAAGAAACGGGAAAAAGAAAAAGACAAUGAAAAGAAGAAGAAACGGGACAAGAAAGAAAAGAAGGAGAAAGAGGUUUCCAUUAAAAAAGAAGAUGAUAUAGAUAAGAGUGAUUCCAAAGAUAAUAUUCAGGAUACAGGAGAAGUCGAACAAGGCAAAAGUAUUGAAAAUAAUACAGAAAAAAUUAACGACACGAAAAUCCAACUUCAGACCAACAAAGAAUCUGUAAUAAACAACAAAAAUGAUUCUCCAAAAUCUCUGGAGACAAAAACAAAACUUACAGAUGAAUUAUAUGGUGAUGAAGUUGCGGACGCCAUAGAUAAAGAAAUCAUUCAAAAUUAUAUAACCGGCAAUAAUAAUACGCAAAAUGAAUCUAAGAAUGCUGACGUUAAUAAUAAGGAAGAACCUUUUGAUGGGAUUGAACUUCAAGCAAAUACGGAUGAAUUGGAUCUUAAACCAGAUACUGAAGUUAACACCGGCCAAAGCAAAGAAAUGUUAGCACACAUGCCGGAGCUUUCAAAAUGGGAAGUUGAUGAAGAUAAUACAGAAAAAUUCAAAGAGCCCGGAGAAAUAUCGUCUCCAGAAGAAGAGGAGGAGGGUGGUAAAGUAGUUACGUCUGAUGUAAUAAAGCGAGCUGAAAACGCAAUAUUUUCCAAAGCAAUUAGUUCUUUGAGACCAAUUGAAAUAAAGAAAAUAAGUAAUGAUCGAUUAAAACUAUAUGGGGACGAUAUUUCAAAAAGCUCAAUGAAUAACAUCCAAAUAACGGUACCUGUAGUUGAAUCUUCCGAACUCAGGUCUAUUGAAAUAAAUGAAAAGAAAAAACGAUCUUCUAAAACACCACCACCACGGUUGUCUGUUAAAGAACGACUAGGAGGAAAAGUAGAGGAUACGCGUAGACCUCGGGAUACUCGUGUGGUACAAAGCACUGUCGAACGAGUGAAAUCUCGGUCUAAGACGCCUAAAAAAGAACACAGUUAUCGUAAGGUAACAGUAGAAAGAGAUAGAGGACGAAAAUCAGAUAAUACUAGAUUUGAUCAUGCAAAAGUAGAAAGACGCGUAGUAUCUGAAAGUGUAAAAAUUAAUGAAAAGUAUCAUAAUCGCAGUCCUAAUGGUGAACCAAAUAAGAAAGAACUCGACAAACAUAAAGAAAAUAGAAAAUACAAUAAUGAUGUAGUAAUUGACUCGCGCAGUCGUACCAAUGACAAAAAUAUCUCAGGAGACUUGAAUAAAGAUACCAUCGAGCGUGAAAGAAAAAAGUCUACUUUGGAUGAAGCACACUUUGAACCAGAUUAUGAUGAGAAUUUGGAAUCUGAUAUUGAAACCAAAAACGAGCCUAUUAAAAAACGUGAGAGAUCUGUUUCACCUAAUAGUAACAUAGAGAACAAAAAAGCAAAAAUUGAAAAUGAAACUAUUAAGUUGGAUUUAACUAAUGUAAAAAAGAAACCGGAAUCAGAGAGUGAAUCUUCAAGUGACUCGGAAUACACAUCAUCAUCUUCAUCGUCAGAUACUCGUAAACGGAAGAAGAAGAAGAAACGUAGCAAAAAGAAAAAGAAACGAGCAGCUAGCGACAGCGAUAGUGACUCGGAUUCUAGCUCGGAUGACCAUAAGAAAAAGAAAAAGAAACGCAAACAUAAGAAAAAAUCAAGUAAGAAGAAGAAAAAAUCUAAGCAUAAGUGAUAAUGCUUCAUUUUCUUAAGAUAAUGAUUUAUUAUUAAUUUGUUAGCGUAGUAAAAAAUGGUAAUGUUUUUUGAUGUAAUUAAAAAAAUAACUAUAUACUUAUGAUAAGGAUUUAGUAAUACUAAAUGCCGGUCUGGUACUGUAACUAUACCUACGUAAAGUUUUAAACAAUAAAGUUCAAA